AUGCCACCAGUUCAACAAUAUCAAUACGUCGGCCACCAGCCAUCCAACUGGGACAAGUUCAAAAUGGGAGCCUUGAUGGGCUCGACGGUGGGAGUGUGCGUCGGGGUCUUGUUUGGAGGAUUCUCGAUAUUGCAGAAUGGCGCUGGUCCCAAUGGCGUAAUGAGAACUUUGGGUCAAUACAUCUUGGGAUCAGUUGGCACUUUUGGCUUGUUCAUGUCGAUUGGAUCUGUUAUCAGAUCCGAUUCUGAGUAUCUUGCAUUGCAGAGAAAUAUGAUGCUUGCGCAGAGGGCGAAGUUGACGGCUAUUUACAGGGAAUAA